AUGGUGAAGCAAAAAGGAAAUUUGGUGGUUCCAGAGGAGCUGUUGGUGAAAAUAUGGUCUGGAUUUUCAUUGAAGAGCAUUGCGAGAUUCAGAUCAGUGUGUAAAGAAUGGAAAUCAAUAAUCGAUUCCGACUUCUUUCGAGAUCUUUACAUGUCUCUGAACUCCUCCUCCUCUGUGUCGUGGUCGAUCAUGAACAUAAGGACCAACUCAGUACUGUCCUUGGAAAUCGUUGGACACCAUGGAUGUGAGAGAUGGGGACUUACCAACUCCUUAGGCUCUUCGAUCAAGCAUUACAAUUCCGAGACCACAGUUGUCUGGGUUUUGGCAUCAGUUUGGGCAUCUAAGGAGCUCACGUUUAUGAUAUAUUGCUCUAAAUCAGGAUUGUGGAAAACGGAAAAGGUUCGUUGUCUCCGUCCUUUAAUGUGGUCUAGACUAAAGUAUUCGGUUCCUUUGAAUGGGAUCCUCCACUGGCUUGCUGCAGUUGGUAACAGCCUGGACGCAAACUAUGUUGUAUCGUGUGAUUUCUGCCAUGAUAAUCUUGAGUGUCGUAUUAGACCUUUUCCUGGUAUCCAGCAAUUUGGAGGUAAGCAACGUUUCAAGAGAACAAUCACUUCCUCCGCAGGAUUUGUAAUGUAUUGUAACGUUUUCAAUAGGGGAAGCGUACUCAGGGUUUGGAGGCUGGUCAACUAUACAGAUGAUGAUCCUCGGGCAUGGCAACUAUCCUGGAAACUCGACACCAAGUCUUCUUUGGUCGGGUUUGGUGCUGAUUAUUUCCCUGUUGUGAUGCAUCCUUUCAUCUCUGAGAUCAUAUACCUGUGGAGUAGGAACAAGAACGCCCUGGUCUCGUUAAACUUGAGGACUCACAAAUUUAGUCUUCAUAAAGAAGAGUCCGAGAACAAGUCUAUAGAUGGUUGCAUCAUGACACUUAGGGGUUGCAAAGAGUGUAUGGACUCCGUCUAUGAAGUUUUUAUAAACGAAUUGCGCGGUGGUAAUCACACGCUCUACUUUUCACAGUAUGUACUCCCACGCUGGUUUAACCCGCUCCCUCAGCUUUCUCCGUGA